GCCGGUGGGCGGGGCGUCGUCUGUGACGUCGCAGCACUUUUCGAGUCUCCGUCCCCUGGCCCCCUCGUAUAUAAGACUUCGCCUGGCGUUGGCACUCGCACAAGUGGAAGAGGGCGUCUGGUGGAUCUUUGAGGUUGUCAGAGGGGGGAAAUCAAGGACUCGGGCAGACUCGGACGUGUGUCCGCGCCUCGGAGGUGGCAGCAGGCGGUGCCUCGCAGCGAGGCGGCGAUGGAGCUCUUGAGGACUAUCACUUACCAGCCGGCCGCUGGCACCAAGAUGUGCGAGCAAGCGCUGGGCAAGGCUUGCGGCGGGGACUCGAAGAAGAAGCGACAGCAGCAGCACCCGGAGGAGCCGCAGACCCUGCAGCCCGCGCCUCAGGUGCAGCCGGCUGCUCCGCACCACCAUCACCACCACUCCCACUCUGGGACGGAGAUCUCACGGAUUAUCGUCGAUCCCACGACGGGAAAGCGCUAUUGCCGGGGCAAAGUGCUGGGCAAGGGUGGCUUUGCAAAAUGUUAUGAGAUGACAGAUUUGACAAAUAACAAAGUCUAUGCUGCAAAAAUUAUUCCUCACAGCAGAGUAGCUAAGCCUCAUCAAAGGGAAAAGAUUGACAAAGAAAUAGAGCUUCACCGAAUUCUCCACCAUAAGCAUGUGGUGCAGUUUUAUCACUACUUUGAGGAUAAAGAAAACAUUUACAUCCUCCUGGAGUACUGCAGCAGAAGGUCCAUGGCACAUAUCUUGAAAGCUAGAAAGGUGUUGACGGAGCCAGAAGUUCGAUACUACCUCAGGCAGAUUGUGUCAGGACUCAAGUACCUACAUGAACAAGAAAUCUUGCACCGAGAUCUCAAACUAGGAAACUUUUUUAUCAAUGAAGCCAUGGAGCUAAAAGUUGGAGACUUUGGCUUGGCUGCCAGGCUGGAACCCUUGGAACAUAGAAGGAGAACAAUAUGUGGUACUCCAAAUUAUCUCUCUCCUGAAGUCCUCAACAAACAGGGACAUGGCUGUGAAUCAGACAUUUGGGCCUUAGGCUGCGUAAUGUAUACAAUGUUACUAGGAAGACCUCCAUUUGAAACCACAAAUCUGAAAGAAACCUAUAGAUGUAUAAGAGAAGCAAGGUAUACAAUGCCGUCUUCCCUGCUAGCUCCUGCCAAGCACUUGAUAGCCAGCAUGCUGUCCAAAAAUCCAGAAGAUCGUCCCACUUUGGAUGACAUCAUUCGGCAUGACUUCUUUCUGCAGGGCUUCACGCCAGACCGACUUUCUUCUAGCUGUUGUCAUACAGUCCCCGACUUCCAUUUAUCAAGCCCAGCAAAGAACUUCUUCAAGAAAGCUGCUGCUGCUCUCUUUGGUGGCAAAAAAGACAAAGCCAGAUAUAUUGACACACAUAAUAGAGUGUCUAAAGAAGAUGAAGACAUUUACAAACUUAGACAUGACUUGAAAAAGACUUCAAUAACCCAACAGCCCAGCAAACAUAGGACAGAUGAGGAGCUGCAGCCACCCGCCACCACAGUGGCCAGAUCUGGAACACCCGCAGUGGAAAACAAGCAGCAGAUCGGGGAUGCUAUCCGCAUGAUAGUCAGAGGGACUCUUGGCAGCUGCAGCAGUAGCAGUGAAUGCCUGGAGGACAGCACCAUGGGCAGUGUUGCGGACACAGUGGCCAGGGUCCUUCGAGGAUGUCUGGAGAACAUGCCAGAAGCCGACAGCAUCCCCAAAGAGCAGCUGAGCACAUCAUUCCAGUGGGUCACCAAAUGGGUCGAUUACUCUAACAAGUAUGGCUUUGGGUACCAGCUCUCGGACCACACCGUCGGCGUCCUUUUCAACAACGGUGCUCACAUGAGUCUCCUGCCUGACAAAAAAACCGUUCACUAUUAUGCGGAGCUCGGCCAGUGCUCGGUUUUCCCAGCAACAGAUGCCCCUGAACAAUUCAUUAGCCAAGUGACGGUGCUGAAAUACUUCUCUCAUUACAUGGAGGAGAACCUCAUGGAUGGUGGAGAUCUGCCCAGUGUCACUGACAUCCGAAGACCUCGGCUCUACCUCCUUCAGUGGCUCAAGUCUGACAAAGCCUUAAUGAUGCUCUUCAAUGAUGGCACCUUUCAGGUAAAUUUCUAUCAUGAUCACACAAAAAUAAUCAUCUGUAGCCAAAAUGAAGAAUACCUGCUCACAUACAUCAAUGAAGACAGGAUAUCAACGACGUUCAGGCUGACGACUCUGCUGAUGUCUGGCUGUUCAGCAGAAUUGAAAAACCGUAUGGAAUAUGCCCUCAACAUGCUCUUACAGAGAUGUAAUUAAAGGACACUUUGAAUGGACCCUAUGGGACGCCUCUUUUCCACUGUGAGGCCUACCAGGAAGCCAGUAGAACGACCCACAGCACGUUGAAGAAGAAGGACAGGCGGUGGUACGAAAACUCGGCCUCAGUGGCCCGCUUCACUGAGGAGACCAGAGCAGGGUGAAGCAUACAGUUCUUGACUUUGGACGAAUCCAAGGAUGAACGAGGAUGCUGUUUUCCUCAAUAUACCUGCUUCAAAGGUUGUUCAGAAAAUUGUGCAUUGACUCUUAACUCCUCUCUGUAGAGAGCAUUUCAGAUAGAGGACUUAGAACUGUGAAUAAACUUCCCAAAGGGGAGGGAGAAGGGAGGAAGCGCCCACGUCGUUUAAAGGCUGUAAUCAGAGCAGCUUUUGGCUGCCCAACUGUGAACUAUGGCCAUACCUAAUUUUUCACCCCCCCCUCGUUAAUUUUUCAAGACAUUUGUGGCUGGAAAAGUGCAUUCCUUGUUAAUAAACUUUUUAUUUAUUACAGCCCAAAGAGCAGUAUUUAUUACUUUUUUUUUUAUGUUGACCAUUUUAAAUUGUUGGCAAUAAAGAGUCUGGAAAAGCAGAAA